AUGCCUCCUUCUCAAGGGGUCAUGUUAACAGUAUUCGAGGCAAACAAUGCAGACUUCAAGAACCGGAAACGAGCUGCUCGCGCAUGCGCACAAUGCCAAAAGCGGAAGAAAAAAUGUGCUCACACGUUCGCUCAAACGACAGACCAGCAAGCCGAGAAAGACACCGCCGAAAAGGUGCUACCUCAACUAAGUCACAAAGAACCUGUCAAGUUUGUGGGAGAUUUGAAUCCGGAAAGUGUCCUCACAGACCUGACGCAGAGGUCAAAGGAUUCUCCAAGGUAUUCCAGGGUUGGCAUUUGGGUCGAGCAGUCACGCCUAGAGCAGGAACAAUUUCGAAGGCAGCAAGAGGCUGCAGCUCGUAAUGGUAUUGCUAACAAUGCUGAUGCGAGUGACAUUACUGCCAAGAAGCAAGCUGCAGUUCACAGAUAUUCCAAGGUAGAACGUGGCCGAAGGACGUUGACCGGGCACCAGAAGAACUACUUGCAAGCAGUGGGCGCAUUACGUGUAUUGCCCAAGGCCACACAAGAUGCUUUAGUAACCACGUACGUCGCCUGUAUCGACCCUCUAUUUCCAGUCAUUGCCUGCAAAAAGCUGCUACAGGAUUAUACCAAUGGUGAAGCUUCAGUCUUUCUCAUACAGGCCAUUUGCCUGGUAGCAUGUAAGACACAAGAGGCUGUUCCUUACUUGCGGCUGUACGAAGAUGGACCCCUGAUGGAUCCGAUCCCUUUUGCCCGUGCCUUGCACACCGGCCUAGAUGCAGCAAUGAAAGCGGACCUUGAAGCAGAUCGAUUCACGAAAGUUCAGAUUUUGACGUUGAUGUCGUUGCACAACGAUGGACCUGGUGGUAUCGAAGAAUCCUCAUUGCAUCUAGUUAUGGCUAUCCACGACGCUCAAACAACAGGGUUACAUAUUAACACACCUGGCCGAACUCCUAAUGAUGAGCAGGCCAUGUUAUGGUGGACGCUCUGGACGUUGGACAAAUUUAACGCAUGCUUAGGUGGUCGACCUCUAAUGAUUGCGGAACGAGAUAUCGAUAUCGACCGACCAUCAGUGGAACCGAACGCGCGAAGUCAGACCAUGGCAGUAUGGCUCGAGAUGGGCAAUUUACUCGACCGGGUAAUUGAGUACUACAGACCAGGUGUGGAUCUCGAUACAGCUGGAUGGGAGGACGAAUUUCCAUCCUUUCAAGACCUGACACAAAACUGUGCAGUGAACUUGCUAGGUGACUCUCAGCGCAACCUCUUAGAGAUUGCGUACAACAUCAUUGGCAUACUCUCCUGCCGUGCUGGUGGGCCCACGAGUCGCUCGUAUCAACGUCGAAUCGUCGCGGCCGAUCGGAUACAGAAACUGACUGCUAGGGGUCGACAAGCUCAUUUGCCACCUAUACCGCUCGUGCCAUAUGCUAUUUCAUUGUCCUUAACAGUAGCAUAUCGGGGACUACGGGAUGGACAUUCGGAUCCUGUCAAGGCUCAGGCCGAUCUUGCAUCACGGUGUGACAUUUUGGAAAGUCUUAACAAAACAUGGUGGACCGCCGAUGCAAUGGCUAAGCUGGGUCGGAAGGCGCUGAAAAGCCUGCAACAACCGUCACAAACUGAGGACGGAAGAAGGUCCAAUUCGGGCCUUGAUGUUGGCGACACACUAGAAGCAGAAGUCGCUGUAUGUAAAUAUGGGCCUUUCCAUAACGAGAAGGAGGGCCCUGAUGUGAAUAUGGACGAGGAAGAUCUGACAGGAACGCAUGUGAGACCUUCAGUCGACGGCAACCAUCGAGCAUUGAAGGAGCCAUCGUCGACACCUUUAGCAGCGAUGUCAGCAGAUCGUCUGCAAGUGCUGUCACAAGCAGCUGCUCAAUUUGGUGUAUCGAACGGAAAGCGCAAUGCGAGUAUGCACUUUUCGGACCUCACACUCAACGAUUCCAAUGAAAGGAGUGCUGGUGGUAUUAACACCGCUUCCAAUAAACGACCAAGGUACGAUUCGAGCAACAGUUCGCAUCCACCGUCGUCAAAACGUCAAAACACUUUCUCGCCUCAUGACAAUCACAUGAUGACCGACACACCUCCGUCGACGACUCAAGUGUCAACACUAACCAAUACACCAGCUCAAACACCACUCACAACAAGCGCUUCCUUACUCAACGGCUCACGACAGCACGUCACUGCGAAUGAUAGAGCAAGGUCUGAUCCGCACACAGGUGUUUUCGAGAUAAAUCCCCUCUUAGAUCCAUUCUGUGCAACAACUGAUCUGAAUCCAGAGUCCUCCACUAAUAUUCAGGUCCAGGGCUCGUCAAAUACGCUGCCUGCCGUCACUCUAGCAACGAGUAUGAACAUUCCUUCUACUGACGUGCAGCAGCCACAACUUUACAAUCCACGCAUGAGUGUGCCACUACAUUACCAAGCGAAUAAAGACCUAGGGCCAAUAGAUAUCGACAUGUACAACUACAACGACCUUGACAAUCUUUUCGAUGGUUUCUUCGACCUCAGCAUGCCCACCAUGUUCGAGGACCCACUGUUCGAAGGCUCCUCCUUCGACCAAUUUUCCUUCAACUACUUCACAGGUGGCGGACUCGGUAGUGGCGGCCCAAGUGGUGCUGGCAGUGUGGACAUGAGCUAUAUGCCGCAACAAAACAACAUGAACAAUUCAAACGGACAACAACAAGCGCAAUACAACAGCGUCGGGCGAGGAUGGCAAGGACAAGGCACAACAAUGAACAUGAACGAGGUGAAUAUAAGCAACGGCAAUAUGAACAUGAUUGGAACAGGGAGAAGACACAGGAACAGGAACAGUUUGAGCAUGAACACGAUGAACAAGAUUAGCCCGGAUAGUGGUGGAGGAGGCGCAAACCAUUGGUGUUGGAAUGAGGACGACUUUUAA